CAACCCCUCGCUGACUUUGUGCCCUGCUCUCUGUCUGCAGGCUCAGCACGCUGCACGUACGCAGAGAGGAAGGCCGAGCUGCUGGGCUCCAGUGUCUUCAACUACAGCCCAGAGUCCAGCUUCCACCGGGGUCAGAUGGUCGAGUACAUGUCCCCCGGCUCGAGCCGCAGAGACACGCUGAAAAACAGAAUCUACAGUCCUCAAAGUCCAGGUUGGAAUCUGAGGCCGAGCGGUGACCAGCGUCUGAGCAGCUCCAUGCUCGACCUCUCAAGCUCUCAGACUCACAUGCAGCUGCAGCACUGUGACUCGCUCUCCAGCGUCCUCAGCAGCACGUCCUCCCCACGGUUCGGCUCCAUCGAGAGCAGCUUAGACUCCAUCCCCCUGUCGUGGGACGAGCGUGAGCUGGGGAAGGUGUGCAUCCAGCUGAGCUACCAGGAGACUCUGGAGCAGGUGUGGAUCACUCUGGUCCAGUGUUCAGAGCUCAACCUUCCUCCUGACGGAGCAGAACAACAGAAGAUUGGAUUCAAAGGGAUCAUCACUGUCCCCAAACCCAUUCAGUUCAAGAGCUCCGUCAAGGACUACAGUCAGGACGUGUCCUUCAUGGAGACCUUCGUGUUUGCGUUGCGUCUCCAGCAGUUGCGUUGCAGCGCUCUGGUUCUGCGGCUGCAGACGCACAGCAACAAGAAGCGUACGGUGGCCGAGUGCGUCUUCUCUCUGCGACAGCUCGGCGCUCAGGAGACCGAGCACUGGCUCGACCUCAGCCCUCGCUCCAAAUCCUCUGUGUGCCACGCUGAGCUCAAUCUCACCACCUGCUUCCAGCCGGUAAACGGGCGGAUCCAGCUCCAAGUCCUCGCCGCUCAAAACCUCCCAGCAUCCUCCACUCCGCUCACACAAGCGUUUUUUGUCAAAGCGGAGAUGCACCAGCUCGGGCGGGUGGUGAUGAAGAAGAAGACUCGAGUGAUCAAGGCCUCAAAGGGUCAGUGUCGGUGGGCGGAGACUUUCCACUUCCUCCUCGCUGCCGUCGACCACGACUACUCGCUGUCAGUCAAACUCUACAGCCGCAGCUCGGUCAGGAGGAAGCAGUGCCUUGGACAGAUCCAGCUGGGAUUGGACAGCCUGGUCCCUGAAGCAGUGGAGCAGUGGAAGGACAUGAUCGCUCACCCGGAGAAAGUCGUGUCUGCGUGGCACGGGAUGAGCGCCGCCUGAACCUCCGCUACCACCACCUCCACCACCUCCACCACCUCCACCUCCGCUACCACCACCUCCACCACCACCACCUCCGC